UUUUUUGACAUCUUGAUCUUGUUUUAACCUGUUUGUUUUGUUGUAACGAUCAGUUUUGUUGCAAAAGUGCUGAAUUCGCAUUGUUUUAAGUUUAGUGUUGUUUUAGAAGUAGUGUAUUAAGUUUAAACAAUGAGUUCACCAGCACCAGACACACCUUCAGACCGAGAUGGAGCCAGGUCCAGGAUGACGUCACCAGCGCGGGAGUACGAGAUGUUUGAAGAUGAGGGUGCUAUCCUCGGAGACAACCCUGAGGAGGAAGAAGAUGAUGGAGAGGAACUUUUUAACGAUAAUAUGGAGGCUGACUACCGCCCCAUGCCAGCCCUCGACCGCUACGACGCAGAGGACUUGGAUGAUGACGAUUACGAUCCAAUGUCCAUACAAGACCGCGCGGCCGCUGAACAAGAGCUGAGGAGGAGGGACAGAGAUGAAGGACGGACUCGGAGAGAUGAUCGAGACUUGUUGUAUGAUGAAUCGGAUGAGGAGAGUACAGGCGCCCCGCGGGCUAAGCGCCGGCGCGCAGCCGAGAAGGCCGCCCUGGGAACUGACGAGCAGGUGGAGGAGGGCAUCGAGAGCAUCGAGAACCUCGAGGACACCAAGGGGUACACCACCAAGGAGUGGGUCUCCAUGCUGGGGCCCAGGACUGAGAUCGCUAACAGGUUCAAGAACUUCCUCCGUACAUACACGAACAGCAAAGGCCAGUUUGUCUACAAGGAGCGUAUCCGACGCAUGUGUGAACACAACCAGGCCUCCUUCCAUGUGGAGUUCGAUGUGUUGGCGAGGAGAGAACAAGUGCUGGCAUACUUCCUGCCAGAAGCGCCCUUCCAAAUGCUGCAGAUAUUUGAUGAGGUAGCAAAAGACAUAGUCCUACAAAUCUUCCCGAGCUACGAGCGGGUGACAUCAGAAAUCCACGUUCGGAUAUCAGACCUGCCUCUCAUAGAAGAGCUCAGAACAUUCCGGAAGCUCCACUUGAACCAGCUGGUGCGGACAGUGGGAGUGAUCACAGCGACUACUGGGGUCCUGCCACAGUUGUCUGUUGUGAAGUAUGAUUGUAAUAGGUGCGGGUAUAUACUGGGACCGUUCGUCCAGUCACAGAAUUCUGAAGUGAAACCUGGGUCGUGUCCCGAGUGUCAGAGUGCGGGGCCUUUUAUGGUGAACAUGGAGCAGACGGUGUACCGCAACUACCAGAAGGUGACGCUGCAGGAGUCCCCCGGGCGCAUCCCGGCGGGCCGCAUCCCGCGCAGCAAGGAGGUGGUGCUGCUGGCCGACCUGUGCGACCGCGCCAAGCCCGGGGACGAGGUCGACCUCACCGGCAUCUACACCAACAACUACGAUGGCUCGCUCAAUACUGAACAGGGUUUCCCAGUAUUCGCGACCGUCAUCAUUGCCAACUACAUAGUGGUAAAGGAUUGUAAGCACAUCGUGGAUUCUCUGACUGAUGAAGACGUAGCGACCAUUAUUAAGCUGUCAAAAGACCCGCGAAUUGGAGAGAGGAUCGUGCAGAGUAUAGCGCCAUCUAUAUUCGGACAUGAUUAUAUCAAGAGGGGAUUAGCGUUGGCGCUGUUUGGUGGGGAGCCUAAGAAUCCAGGUGAAAAACACAAGUUAAGAGGCGACAUCAAUGUUCUCAUCUGCGGUGACCCCGGUACCGCCAAAUCACAGUUUCUGAAAUACACCGAAAAGAUCGCACCGCGAGCCAUCUUCACAACAGGACAAGGCGCCAGCGCCGUCGGUCUUACUGCCUAUGUGAGGAAGAAUCCUACCACAAGGGACUGGACGUUAGAAGCUGGUGCGUUGGUGUUGGCGGACCGCGGCGUGUGCCUCAUCGACGAGUUCGACAAGAUGAACGACCAGGACCGGACCUCCAUACACGAGGCUAUGGAACAGCAGUCCAUCUCCAUCUCCAAGGCUGGGAUAGUCACCUCCUUACAUGCUAGAUGUUCAAUAAUAGCAGCAGCCAAUCCCAUCGGAGGGCGUUACGACGCCUCGCUAACGUUCACAGAGAACGUGAAUCUCUCGGAGCCUAUUCUGUCGCGUUUUGAUGUGUUGUGUGUCGUGAGGGACGAAGCGGAUCCUAUGCAGGACGCUCAUUUAGCUAAGUUCGUGGUAAGCUCUCACAUCCGCCAUCACCCGACGCAGAGCGGCGUCACGCUGGAGGACAACAACGCGCCCGACCCCGACUUCAUACUGCCGCAGGACAUGCUCAAGAAGUACAUCGUGUACUCACGGGAGAACGUACAUCCUAAACUACAGAACAUGGAUCAAGACAAAGUAGCCAAGAUGUACAGUCAGCUCCGUCAAGAAUCUCUCGCUACCGGCAGUUUACCUAUCACAGUCAGACAUAUUGAAUCCGUAAUCCGCAUGAGCGAGGCCCACGCCCGUAUGCACCUUCGCGCGCAGGUGUCGGAGGAGGACGUCAACAUGGCCAUCCGCACCAUGCUCGAGAGCUUCGUCGAGACACAGAAGUACAGCGUCAUGCGGGCCAUGCGACAGACAUUCCAAAAAUACCUAUCAUACAAGAAAGACCACAGCGAGUUACUCUACUACAUUCUGCGCCAGCUCACAAUGGAUCAGCUGGCCUACAUGCGAGGCCUACACAAUCAUUCACAGCCCACCAUCGAAAUCUCCGAAAGAGACCUCUUAGAGCGAGCGAGACAGAUCAACAUUUCAGACUUGAAACCGUUCUAUGACAGCCGUAUAUUCAAAAUGAACAGCUUUUCGUAUGAUGCGAAGAGGAAAGUUAUUGUACAUGUGCUGCCUGAUACGCCGACGUCGGCUACUGCGUGAUUUUUUUAAGUAUCCAGUUUUCUGAAUGCCUAUUUAAUUAUUUUAAUUAAGUACCGCAUUGCGGGGUAUAUUGCAACCUAUCACAGAACAUGUAUUAAUUUAUGAUAAGUCGAUCAUUAAUGGGAAAUGUUAAUUUAUCAUUAAAUUAAUAGAAACUGGCCGAAUGCGUGUCGGAGUCGCGACACAAAAUAUUUGAAACAUGUUGUCCUUGUUAUUUUAAAGUAUAUUGUAGAGACAAAUAGAUGAUAAUGUUACUUUACCCAAGAACCUUCCACAAAGCAUAGCAUUUGGUCUUAAGAUUUGACUAUUUUAUGUUGAUCAGGCAUUCAAAAAAAUGGUAUUUGUAAUUAUGAAUAUAUAAUAAUAAAUCAUCAGUCGAA